CUGGGAUGGCAUCAGGGUACGUGAAUAAUGAAAUAUAAUCAUUUUUGGGUGAACUAUCCCUUUUACGUAAUUGAAAGUCAGUAAAUCUCAUCUGAUUACAAGCAUUUAAAAUGUAGUAUAUUACACAACUUUUUGAUAAAAGUAAUUCGGUAACUGUAUCUAAUUAUUUUGUACACCCAACACUAACCUUUUAAAAUUUUACUUUAUUUUAGGUGUUACAAAACUACAAAAAAUUAAAUCCUUGAAGCACAUCUCUUUUCACAAUAUGUACUGUACAUUCAUACAGUGUUUUUCCACAAUGAUAAUUACAAAAUGUCAGGCAUUUAAUUAAAAAGCAAAAUGCAUUAAUAUAUUUACUUAAAAUCAGUUUAUAGUUUAUAAUUCUGUGUCACAAGUCUCUAAGUUUAUGUCCAUUAUCCAAUAACAAUUUAAUGUAAGAAUGUGAAAUUAAUUGAGAAGGCCAGUAUCUACACAUACAAAUACAGUAGCUGGAUACACUAUAAAUAGUGGUAACCUGCAAAUGAUACCAUAAGGAGCAAUUUCUACCAGAUCUAACUCUAAACAACAACCAAAUGUAUUUAGAUUGAUCUUAAAUAUUUUUGACUUGAAUUAAACCAGUUAAUUUAGAUGUUACCACACGUAGUACAUUAUUUAGUUUAAAAAAAAAAAAAAUUCAGCGUAGCCAAAAAGUUUGAGGCAUCAAACAUCAUGCAAAAAGUGCUUACACAACAUUGUUAAGGAAAAGGCUUGUCACACAGCAUUUUGCAAUCAUUUCCUGGCUGAGAUGAAAAUACUUCAAGAGAGGCAAUUAAAAACAAGCUAUUUCUAAAGACCUGAAUAUUCCAUUUGGUGUAGGAGGCAACUACUGAACCACAAAGUCUUAGAGCUAAAAUGAAUGAAAGUGGUUAUGAAGAUUAUAAUUAUACUGACUGUGAUGGGAAUGAAAACUGCACCCCUAUACCGUUCCCUGAAGAACUUUUGCCUGUGAUAGGUCCUCGCCACUGGAUCGCUCUGAUUUGCUAUGGCAUUGUCUUCCUGAUAGGUGUCCCCGGCAAUGGACUCGUGGUGUGGGUUACUGCAUUCCGAAUGCCCAGCUCUGUAAAUGCACAGUGGUUUCUGAAUCUGGCUAUUGCAGAUCUGUUGUGUUGCUUAUCCCUGCCACUGCUGAUGGUACCACUUGCCCAGGACAUGCACUGGCCGUUUGGUCCACUGGCAUGCAAAGUACUACACGGUCUGUUCUACAUGAUGAUGUACUGCAGUGUUCUGCUCCUGGUCGUGAUCAGCUUAGACCGCUUUCUACUGGUAACAAAACCUGUGUGGUGCCAGAACCGGAGGCAUCUGAGGCCAGCCAGGUUGACCUGUUUGGUGGUUUGGAUUCUGGCACUCAUAGGAAGCUCUCCUCAGUUUGCCUAUAUGGAGCAAAAAGAAAAUAAAGACACACACAAAACACAGUGUGUUAGUGUCAAUAGCCAUGGUCGCGCUUGGGCUGUGACCCUUGUCCGUUUUUUUCUGUCUUUUCUGCUACCUUUCUUGAUAAUCUGUGUCAGCCAUUGGAAGGUGUUCCAGACAACAAGAUAUGGGCGUGGGAAAAAAGGCAAUGAUAAAUCUGCCCGCACGCUGCGUGUAAUCCUUAUUUUGGUGAUAAGCUUCUUCAUUUGCUGGAUUCCUAUACACAUCGUCGAUCUUCUUCAAUUGCUUACACACCACAAAUCAGGAAGCUUUCAUCAAGCCAACCUGCAUCUAGCCCAUGUGUUGGCACUCUGCUUGGCAUACAUUAACAGCUGCCUCAAUCCUCUGCUCUACGUAUGUCUUGGACGUGGUUUUAAGGAAAAUCUGAUCAGCUCGCUGCGUAGUGUGCUCCACUUUGCUUCCGAGGCACCAGAGAGUGGAAUGAGUUUUACUGCAAGCAGUAAGACAACCAUAGAUGGCAACACUGGCAGGAUUAAUUUGAAGCCCCUGUGAAACCUUGCCAAGACAAGUGGAUGCAAACAAGAAGUUCUAAUAUACCUGGGGAGAUCAGUGUUUUAGCAUUCCCAUUCAUUUAAUUGCCGGUUGAUCAGUUAGUGCAUUUUAAUCCUGAAAGUGUGCGACCUUGAUGCUGACAUCUUUGCUUUAAGGACACUCAGUUCCAGAAACAUUAAGCCGUAAAUGCCAUGACUCUAUAUUAGAACUACAAGUCCAUUUCUUUCUGUUACUAAUUUUCCAAAAACACCAGGCACUAGUGCAAAGCAGUGUUAUGUCUCUAUCAGUCCGCUACCAGCUUCUUUUUAUUUUUUUUUCUAUAAUGUGUGUUGUGUUUGCAGUUGAAUGCUGGGCUGAAGUAUAAUUGAGAAUACCAGCAUGCAGGAUUCCCAGCCUAUUUAACCCACUUCCUUGCCCAUAGUCAUUAGCUGCUUUUCCACCAUCGGGCCGAAUGGUUCUCAUUGCAAAACCAUGCUGUUCCGGGCUAGUUGGCACGGUUACCAUUUCUUUUUCCACUGUGGGAUCAGAAUAUAUGUAGCAAACAUGUCUGUUGGUGUUGACAAAAGAGGUUAAGAUUGGCAUGAGUGUGCUAUGGAGGCCAAUCACAUAAUCCAGUUUUUAGGAAUGCUUUUUCCCUUGGAACGGUUCCUCAUCGUGCUCAGACCGUUUGGCCCGAUGGUGGAAAAGCACUUGUUGAGUCUCAUUCCUCUUUGGGCUCCAUUCAACUCACAUCACUUGUGUCCGUCUACCUGGCCAUUCUUGCUCAAGCAAUAUGUCCCAUUUUUAAAAAAAAAAUUUAUCAUCAUGUGUUUUGUCUAAAUAAACUGUUACUUUUCGCAA